AUGGCUGACAACGUGACAUCCACCAUAGAUGACGUCAGCUUUUGUACUACAGACAGCACCGACAAAAGUUGUUUCAACUUUGUCCAACAUGGAUUAAUGGAUGACGUCACAUUCGGCUAUUUUUCUCUGGCCAGCAUGGUCGUCAUUGGUGGGGUUAUCAACAUUGCAGGUAUUAUCUUCAACAGUAUCAACAUCAUCGUCUUCAUCAAACUGGGCUUCACCGAUACCAUCAACAUUUCUUUGUUGAGUCUUGCCAUAGCGGACAUCGGUAUACACAUCACGAUGAUUGGCUAUGUGGUCAUCUACACACCAGCAGUAACACAGGAUAAGACAAAUCUAGAACUUAUCCAUGCCGUGAGUUAUCUGAUCUUGGGAUGGCCCCACAUUAUGUUUGUUAGGAUUUCCGGUUGUCUGACAGCUUUUAUAAGUCUGGAAAGAUUCCUCUGUAUAGCUGUGCCACUGAAGGUCAAGGCCCUCAUCACACCAAAGCGAACAGCCAUGGUUUCCUGUGCCAUUUAUGUCAGUAUGAUUUGUAGUGUCAUCCCGGCAUUUGCUGUAAAUAAAAUCGGACCGAAGUUUAACCUGGAAACCAAUUCAACAUUGAUUGGUCUAAUCAAAUUUGAAAGCAGUGACGCCAUUGAAAACAUCAGUUUGACCAUCACAAAUUUUGUCGAGCUGGCCGUGUUUGCCCUUGUCGUCAUCUUUACUGCUGGCUUGAUACAGAAAUUUGUGGACAUUUCCAAAUGGAGGAAACAAAACAUUAGUUUGGCCAUCACAAAUUUUGUCGAGCUGGCCGUGUUUGCUCUUGUCGUCAUCUUUACUGUUGGCUUGAUACAGAAAUUUGUGGACAUUUCCAAGUGGAGGAAACAGGCGUAA